AUGUCCAUUUUUGUUGAAGACAAGAGAACUGACACGGUAAGCAGUUCAAAUUACGAGCAGAACAAGUCUAGUACAGUUGCCAUAGACGAACAUAGAGGAGGAAAAAAGAAAAAAAAUAACAUACAAAGGGAAAGUGGCUUAUCCAUAAAUCUUCAGAGAUCAGAGUCGAGAAAUGAGUCGGAUCUAGAGGAGAUUCCUCAAAACGAGGCUGGAUAUGUAGAAGAGGAAAUCAUUGUCGUAGAGUAUUCUAAUCUGACGUCACAGAGGAUCUCUUUAAAACAAUUUAUAAGGGAAAUACCAGAAAAAAAGUGCAGUGGUAUACUAGAGAAAGAAUUUGAUGACCUUCCAAAUGGAUUAUUGGAAUCUUACUCGGACGCACUAGAAAAUUCGAACAGGAAGGGGAACCGAUACAAAGGAAUCUAUCCCUAUGACUAUAAUCGUGUAAAGUUGGUCAGAACAGGAGCGAAUGAAGACAAUGAUUUUGUUAAUGCUUCGUACAUUCAUGGUUUUAACAAGGAACAAGCCUAUAUAGCUGCACAAGGUCCUUUCAAUCCAAAGACAUUAGAAGAUUUCUGGACUAUUAUAUGGCAGGAAAACACCACCAAAAUAGUUAUGCUGACCAGUCUAUGCGAAGGGGUUAAAAUGAAGUGUCUAAAAUACUGGCCGGACACAGAGCUAAACAUUGGUCCAUACACGAUUAAACUGGACAAAGUAGAUGUGUUUAACCAUUAUGUACUACGUUAUUUGGUUGUCCAGUAUCAGGUUUUAU